AUGCUGCACCGGCCCCCUGGGCAAGCCAUUUCUGACAACUCGCCUUUUUCCCUGCUAGGGGCACAAGAGCAUGCCUGCACGGUAGAAUCAAGUAUGGUGACCAAGUUCUACCAGCAUGUUCUGGCCUUGGUGUUUGCCAUAAAAGAGAUCAAUGAAAAUCCCAAGAUACUGCCCAAUGUCACACUUGGAUUCCACAUCUAUGACAGCUACUCUUAUGAGAAGAUGACCUAUCAUACCACUUUGGACCUGCUCUUCAAAUCAUACAGAUUAGUUCCUAACUACAAGUGUUCAGUCUCUAAAAACCUGAUUGCUGUGGUUGGAGGACUUGGCUCUGAUAUCUCCAUCUGUAUUUCAGACAUCUCAAGUCUCUACAAAAUACCACAGUUCCCAUAUGGGUCAUUUGCUCCAGAACAGUGGGAAUCAGUACAGCUCCCAUUUUCUUACCAUGUGGUCACUAAAGAAACCCAACAGUACAUGGGUAUCAUCUGGUUACUCCAGCAUUUUGCAUGGACCUGGGUUGGUGUCUUUGUGGUAGAUGAUGAGAGCGGGGAACAUUUCCUAAAGACUUUUGAACUGUUGCUUUCACAGCAUGGAAUCUGUCCCGCCUUCAUACAAGAAAUACCACAAAAAAAUCGAUUAAAGGAUCUGAACGCAAUUAACAACAUGCUCUCAAAAUUGUAUCUACUUUUCAAAUUGAACAAAGCCAGUGUAUAUGUUGUCUAUGGAGAUACUCACACCAUGAUAAUACUGAACACCGUAAUGGAUUCAGUAAUUGAGGAAUUUAAGGAAUUCACAUCUAUUGGAAAGGUAUGGAUUACAACAAGCCAAAUUGAUUUUGCUGUGUCGAGACUUCAGAGGGAUUUCAAUGUGGCCUAUUUCCAUGGCACCAUUUCCUUGACCGUUCACUCACAGGAGCUUCCAGGUUUUGAGAAAUUUCUUCAGGUCAUAAACCCUUACAGGACAUUAGCUGAUGGGUUUAGCAAAGUCUUCUGGGAACAAGCAUUUUAUUGUGUAUUUCAAAAUUCUUGGGUGAAAGGAAGUAUAUGUACUGGGAGAGAAAGGCUAGAGGAUCUUCCUGGGCUUGUGUUUGAAAUGCGCAUGACUGGCCACAGCUAUGGAAUCUACAAUGCAGUCUAUACAGUUGCACAUGCUUUGCAUGCCAUCUACACAUCUCGAUCCAAUUACCAAUCAGUUUUGGGAUGCAAAAGUACUGUAGUCUGUGAUCUCCAGCCUUGGCAGCUCCACCAGGUACUUCAAGGAAUUGCAUUUAACAACUCAGCUGGAGAAACAAUCACUUUUGAUGAAAAUAAGGAAGUGAGAGCUGGAUUUGACAUCAUGAACAUAGUCGUAUUCCCAAACAACUCCUUCACUAGAAUCAAAGUUGGAAGGGUGGACCCUAAACCUCUUGAAAGGACAGAAGUCACCCUUCAUGAGGAUUUGCUUGUGUGGCACCAGGGGUUUAACCAGGUACUGCCUGUGUCUCGAUGCAGUGACCCCUGUCAGCCCGGUUAUCAGAAAGAAAAGAGAGAAGGGGAGCCAUUUUGUUGUUAUGAAUGUGCUCCUUGCCCAGAAGGAAAGAUUUCAGUCCAGAAGGAUAUGGAUGACUGUUCUAAAUGUCCAGAAGAUCAAUAUCCAAGCAAGGACCAAGAUCGAUGCAUCUCCAAGAAGACCAACUUUCUCUCCUAUCGAGAACCAAUGGGAAUGAGUUUGGCCUUAAUUGCUGUUUCUUUGUCCUUGAUCACGGUUUUGAUGCUAAGAACUUUUAUUAAGCACAAAGAUACUCCCAUUGUCAAAGCCAACAACCAGAGUGUCACUUAUACUCUCCUCCUAUCUCUCCUGCUUUGCUUCCUCUGUACUUUCCUCUUCAUUGGAAGACCAAACAAGUGGACCUGCUUCUUCCAACUAUCUGCUUUUGGCGUCAUCUUCUCUGUGUCUGUUUCUUGCAUCUUGGCCAAAACCAUCACUGUGGUUGUAGCAUUCAUGGCCACCAAGCCAGUGUCCAGCAUGAGGAAGUGGGUGGGGAAAAGACUGGCCACCUCCAUUGUCCUUUCCUGUACCAUUAUCCAAAUCUGCAUUUGUAUGGUGUGGCUAGGAACCACUCCUUCAUUCCCAGACACAAAGCCAGUGACUGAAGAGAUCAUAGCAGAAUGUAAUGAGGGCUCUGUGAUUUUGUUCUAUAUUGUCCUAGGCUACGUGGGACUUCUGUCCUUCAUAAGCUUCAUUGUGGCUUUCUUUGCCCGGAAGUUGCCAGACCGUUUUAAAGAAGCCAAGUUUAUCACCUUCAGCAUGCUGAUAUUUUGCAGUGUUUGGUUGUGUUUUGUUCCAACAUAUUUGAGCACCAAAGGGAAAGCUAUAGUAGUGGUAGAGAUUUUCUCUAUCUUGUUUUCUGGUGCUGGGUUACUGUGUUGUUUCUUUUUUCCUAAAUGCUACAUUAUUGUUUUGAGGCCUGAGCUGAACAGAAGAGAACAAGUAAUAGCAGGAAAGCAUUAA